UCAGUCUGAGCAAUAAGGUAAAGUACCAAGCAUCGAAAACUCACCUCACCCGGUCGCCCCUCACUUGCAAAAUUUAUUUCUUCUCCCGUCGAUCUCGGUUCCUUCUUUAUCCAAGAAACCGAAAUAUAGGCGUUGAGAUUAUCAAAACCCUAAUAUUACUCGAAGUCCAGGUAUAUUUUCUCCCAUUCAUCAGAUCUCAUGGCGAAAGAUUUCACGGUGCCGCCAGUGGUUUUUCCAUCCGGUGGCAACCCCACCACCGGUGGAGCAAACAUGCCGCCGAGGCGGGUCCCUACGGCACCGUUUCAACCGCCUCGACCAUCCAAUUCCAGCAUUCCCUUCAUGUCCUUUGACAUGGGGUCUGCAGCCGCAACUGCCCCCUCCGGAACAAUUUAUGGAGGCCCCGUCGGUGGUGGUAGCUCUGCGAACUUUGACGAUGAGGAGCCUCUGCUUGAUGAGCUUGGGAUCCACCCGGAUCAAAUCUGGAAGAAAGUCAGAUCGAUACUCAAUCCAUACCGGGUAAAUUACGUCGUGCACAAGGACUCUGAUCUGUCAGGGCCAAUUCUUCUCUACAUGUCCUUCUGCCUUUUCCAGUUACUUGCUGGAAAAAUUCAAUUCGGUGUAAUCCUGGGUUGGAUUGUGGUAUCGUCUAUCUUCUUAUAUGUGGUAUUCAACAUGUUGGCGGGCCGAACUGGUAAUCUAGAUCUGCAUACUUGCACGAGUGUGGUGGGGUACUGUAUGUUGCCUGUAGUAAUGCUAUCGGCCCUGACUCUUUUUUUGCCGCAAGGUGGGAUCGUAAGAUUUGUGAUUGCUGCGGUGUUUGUGCUGUGGUCAACAAGGUCUUCCACGGGUCUUAUAGUUUCGCUUGCUGAUGGUGGGGAUGAACAUCGCGGGUUGAUAGCAUAUGCUUGUUUCUUGAUCUACACCCUAUUUUCAUUGCUUGUCAUAUUCUAGUUGUGAUUCGCACUGAAAUUUUGAAUGGCAGUGCAUAAUUUAGUGGACAGUUUUCUAGCUUUUUGGUAAUUUUAAUUAAUGUAGUCUCAUACCAUAAUAUGAUGGAAAUUUGAGAUGUAGAAAAUGGAAAUAUUUCUGUAAUUGAUUUUUUUUUUAUCGUGCUUCA